AAAAAGCUGUUGCAGCUUUCACAAUACAAAACUUUUAUCUUCGAAGAACAACUCUGCGGAAAAAGACCAUUGAAACAAUCCGAUAUUGGAUCGACAAAGAAAAGGAAAAUGUAAACCAUGAAGAUGACGAAAUAAUAGAUGGUAGCGAUAAUAUUAUUAAUAAUAGUGGUAGUAAUGGAGAUAAUGAAAUUUAUAAUUUGCACCAGAGUGACCAAAGAAUAGGUUAUACUCACAAAUGGUGA